GGUUUGUCAAGACAGCAAACAUAGCCUAUAAAACAUGUGCUAUUGAAUGAUUUAUUGCUUCUGUACUUGUCUUGAGAGACACCAUGAAUGCGCGCGGCUGAGCGCAUAUCAGUCGGUCGCUGUAAUCCCAGCGUGUGACUCACUGAUGACGUCCCUGCUUCGCUCUUUAAUUUGACUACAGCCCAGUUUCAGUUCAGUGUUGACAGCGGCGCGUGGCGAGCUAGUUGCUUUCUUAUUUUAGAUGACAUUUUGUAACAAAACGGAAAACUGUGGUGGAAAGCGAGUUUAACUUUUAGACUUUGUGACCACGGAUGAGCCAUGGCUACAAUAACGUGUCGAGUGCAAUACCUGGAGGACUCGGACCCGUUCGUGUGCUCAAAUUUCCCCGUGCCCCGCAGACCUCUGCAGUAUGAGCUCAACGAGCAUUUGUUGUUGACCGAACAGAUCGCCGGGAUUCACAAGCUGCUGGAAGCGCCUUUGAAGUUAGAGGAGUGUACACUGCAACUGGCUUCUAAUGGCAACUACCUGGAUCUGGAUUCAUCCCUUGCUGAACAGAGAGAUGAUCUGGAGCAGCUCUAUGAUGACGUGGAAAAAGGCAAAAAGCCCAUCUUGAUUCUUCGUACACAGCUCUCAGUACGGGUUCAUUCCAUCCUAGAGAAGUUGUAUAAUUCCCAUGGUCCUGAGCUUCGACGGUCCUUGUUCUCAUUAAAGCAACUCUUUCAGGAUGAUAAGGACUUGGUUCCAGAGUUUGUGAUCUCCGAGGGUCUGACGUGUUUCAUUAAAGUGGGUGCUGAGGCAGAUCAUAACUACCAGAACUACAUUCUCAGAGCUCUCAGUCAGAUCAUGCUGUUUGUGGAUGGAAUGAACGGUGUUGUGAACCACAAUGAGACAGUACAGUGGCUGUACACACUGACUGGCAGCCUGUCUCGGCUGGUUGUGAAGACAGCUCUGAAGUUGCUGAUAGUGUUUGUGGAGUACACAGAGUCCAACAGUGCACUGCUUAUUCAAGCUGUCAGCACUGUGGAUGGCAAGAGAGGUGUAAAGCCUUGGGCAUAUCUAACAGAGAUCCUGUCAGAGAAGAAUGGAUCAGACACAGAGCUGCUCAUCUACACCAUGACCCUCAUCAACAAGACUCUGUCUGCGCUUCCCGAUCAGGACUCCUUUUAUGACAUGACCGAUUGUUUGGAGCAGCUAGGAAUGGAAGGCAUUGUUCAGAAAUACAUGACUGGCAGCGGCAACGAGGGUGACCUCAAACAACAGUUCAUCAUUUAUGAGAAUGCCCUCAAGAAAGAAGAUGAUGAGAUUGAUGAAGGGACACCAAAUGUCCGUAAAGACCGAAGGAAACUGACACCCAGCGAGCAGGAGGGCAGGAGGAGCCGGCGGUCAUCUUCUCAUAAUCUUACAGAUAGUUCCUUUCCACCAGCUUCCCCAACUGUAUCAGUCUCGUCUAACAGCCCUACCCCAGAGGUGAUGGAAACAGCCUCCCCUCAGCUGUCAGAUUCCUCUUCUUCUCCUGUUCCUGGCAGUCCUGUGUUUACCAGUCCCUCCUCUAUGACCCCUGGCUCCCUCACUCCUGCUGUCACUCCAGCGACUAAUGGAGCAGAGUCUACAACUACAGCUGAGCAGGAGCAUAACUUGGAGCGCUCUUUUACGAGUCAGUACAUAGCACACAUGGGAAUUUCUAGACGGAGGUUAAAAAAGGAGAGGUCUAUUACACAGGAAACCUCAAGCAUCUCCAGCAGGGCGUCUUUCACAGAAACAGACUCUCCUCAGGAGAUGCCUUCUCAGACGGGAGCGGAGCAGCCCAGCCAGACGGAGGGAAAGCAAGUCUUCAAACCGCAGCAGGCAGACAGUGUUUGUCUAGAGAGUGUGAAUAGGGACUUGCCGGUUCUGAGGAAUUAUGCAGACAAAUUCUUGCGUAGUCUGGCUGCAUCCCAGUGGGAGAAGAAAAAGUCAAACGGCACCCAUGAGAGACCACCAUCUCUUUGCGAGAGUGUGGUGAUUCCAGGCAUAGAGUUAUCUACUGAAGACGAGCAGCCAGUCUCCAGCUCAACCACCACAGGAUCUAUUAGUGGUCAGGAAUCUCAAGAGGUAAACUUGACCGGGCACACCCUGGAGCAGCCAGAGGACACAACAGCCCACAAUGAAGCAGAGGGUGGUUUGCAGCGUCAGGGCAGUGCAGCAGAACAGCACAGCACCCUCUCUAAUGACAGGAAGUUCAUGUUGGAUAUGCUCUACUCCAAAAAAAACACCCCUGAAGGCCUACAAAUUCCUGGUCUAGAAAGUACACUUGAGGGCCAUGGGAUCACCCGUAUGGCUGGACGACUGUCCAGGCUUCAGUCUAACACUUCUCAGCCCACAGAGGACACAUCCAGACGGGAGGACCUGGAGAUCCCUGAAGGUACUGCUCAGGCUGCUCGUGCCAGGCCAGCAGAGGGACGGGGCAAGAAGCUGCGUCCACAGUAUAGUAUUGAAGCGGAGACCCAUUCACAGAGUUUAGAGAAGACAAAGAUGACACCAUUAUCCAGGGGUAGUCGGGAUGCCUGGGAGAAGCUGCAGCCCAGCUCCAGACCUCUGCGGAUUAAAGAUCUUGACUUCUCAGAUCUGAUGGAGGAGGAGGAUAUCGAUGUGCUGGAUAUAGACACUUUUGACAUUUUUUCACCUGAUGGAGUACCACCACCCCCUCAUCCAGUGCCAGGACUGUGCUCUGCUCCCCCUCCUCCUCCUCCUCCUCCUCCUCCUCCUCCUGGACCUCCUGGUCUUGCUCCACCCCCUCCUCCUCCCCCUGCUGGACUUCCUGGUCUGGCUCCACCCCCUCCUCCUCCUCCUGGACCUCCUGGUCUGGCUCCACCCCCUCCUCCUCCACCUCUUCCUGGGGGUUUAAGUGUGCCUCCUCCACCUCUAGGACUCCUCCCUCCGUCCCCGUCUCAAGGAAAUGAUCCAGCUUUUCUAAAGAAAUGGAAAACGGUCAAGCUGUUCUGGAAGGAGCUUAAGCAGCCCGACAGCCCCAGGAAGUGCAAGUUUGGGAGGGGCACAGUUUGGGCUUCACUUGAUAAGGUUGCAGUCGAUACAGCUAAGCUGGAGCACCUGUUUGAGUGCAAGGGAAAGGAUCUUCCAGUAGCAAAGAAAGGUGCUGAGAUCAAGAAAGCAGCCAUUUUAGUGCUUGAUCCAAAGAGGAGCAAUGCCAUCAACAUCGGCAUGACUGUUUUGCCUGCUACACAUGUCAUUAAAAGUGCCAUCCUCACCUUUGAUGAGUUUGCCAUCAGUAAAGAGGGCAUUGAGAAAAUCCUGACCAUGAUUCCCACGGAUGAAGAGAAACAGAAGAUUCAGGAGGCGCAGCUGGCCAACCCUGAUGUACCACUGGGCACAGCAGAGCAGUUUCUGCUCGCUCUCUCAUCCAUCAGUGGCCUCAAAGCCAGAUUACAGCUCUGGGCCUUUAAACUGAACUAUGAGACCCUGGAGAAGGAGAUUGCGGAGCCUCUUUUUGACCUGAAACUGGGAAUGGAACAACUCGCCAAGAACAAAACCUUCAAGCGUAUCCUAGCAACACUACUGGCCAUUGGCAACUUCCUCAAUUGUGCCAAUGCUAAGGGCUUUGAGCUCAGUUAUCUGGAGAAGGUUACUGAGGUGAAGGACACAGUACACAGGCAGUCUCUGCUUCAUCAUACCUGCAAUUUUGUGGUGGAAGACUACCCAGAUACAACAGACCUUUAUUCUGAGAUCCCUGCUAUCACACGCUCUGCUAAAGUGGAUUUUGAGCAGUUGUCUGAAAACCUGAUUCAGUUGGAGAGAAAAUGCAAAGCAUCUUGGGACAACAUUAAAGUAGUGGCCAAACAUGAAACUAAACCUAACUUGAGAAGCAAAAUGACAGAAUUUCUGAAAGACUGUACAGAAAGGAUCAUCAUCCUGAAAGUAGUGCAUAGACGCAUUAUUAAUAGGUUUCAUUCCUUCUUGCUGUACUUGGGUCAGCCCUCAUACUCGGUGCGGGACACUAAAGUAACUCCGUUCUGUAAGAUCAUCAGUGAGUUUACCCUGGAGUACCGCACCACACGAGAGAGAGUCCUCACCCAGAAACGCAAGCGUGCCGUCCUCCGGGAGCGCACCAAGACACGGGGCAAGCUGAUCACUGAGACAGAGAAGUUUUCUGUAGCAGUUCCACAGCUCUCUCUGGAGGACAAUCUAUCCCCGGUUUCUUCAACAGUCGAAUCAGAGCCAGCCCAAGAGGAGCAUGAGAACAUGAAAAACCUGCUCAUUGACAACAGCAAGCUGCGCAGGAGCCGUGCUGUACGAAAGAUUCUUACCACUGGUGGGGACACUUCUCCAAUUUCACCCACUCUUCAGUUGAGUGAUGAAGGUCUUGGCAGAGUUAACUCAAGCAUGUCUGUAGCCAAAGAGGACAGCCCCAGCUCACAGGACGAUGCCACAGAUGAGAUCAUGGAUCGUCUGGUUAAAUCUGUCACCCAGAAUCCCACAGAGAGGAAAUCUAGUCCAAAAACACGGAAACGCUCCCGGCUUAACAGAAAGUCAUUGCGGAGGACUCUGAAGAGUGGGCUGAGUGUGGAUGUGGUGCAGGCCCUUGGCCUCGGCAGUACUAACGGGAAGGUCUGAAGCUGGUAGUUCUCAUGUGAGGGGAAACUGUAGAAAGGCAGCAAUGAGGCCAUAAGGAGAGCUGCUGUAAUGAAAGGAGGAACUGUGAUAAAGACAUUUCAUGGGAUGCCUGCAACUAAAUUUGCCUGCCAAUCUGGACGCUUUAGUGGAAGAAUCAUGUAAUUCCAGCUGAAAUACAAACAACUGCAUUACUAUACAAAUAAAUGAAGUGUGCAUGAUAUCCAUUAGACAUAUAUCAUGAUUUGAUUGGUACAAACUUUAAUAGCAUAGUAUUAAAUACCAGCCCAUGUUUACUGAUGGAGAAUAGAUGCAUAUAUGAUCCAGUGAAUUAAAAUGUUAUAUAUUUUGACCAGGUGCACACACAUUAUUUUGCAUAGAGCCUUAGAUUGCAUAGAUUGGAGCACAAUUUAUCGGUGAAGGAUAUGUACAAUAUCUAAGGGUUUGAAAGGUUUUAAGGGAAUACAUUUUUUUUUAAGACAAAGUUUUUAUAUUUUGGCCAUAUCUUUUAAAAUGUCUCAGCUCAAGGUUAGGAUCUUGGAAGCCAGUAAUUGAGAUCAGUGCAAUAGGGUAACUCAAACACACUGGUGCCCAUUAAUGAAGCUAAACCCUGGAAUAAAUGGCACUGUCAGUAAUGAUUGACCAUGGAAAACUCCUUAGUCUUGCACAGGGUUUAAUUUGUGUCUGGAAAGCUGACCCAUGUGCACCUGGGUGGUGUUCAACUGAAUAUCCUGAGUACCAAGGAGAUCUUGAUUAGAGAGGACACAAACUAGGUCACAUUUGUUUUUCUUUUAUUAAUCACAGAGCUCUCUUGAAAGGUUUGUGGAUGCUACAACAGUCCUGUAUUCUGCUGUAUCACAUUUCUGUCCUGAUAUUUAUUAUUGUGCAGUUUUUUUGAGUUCAUCUUUUUAGUUAUACCAUUUUUAUGAUGUUAUAAAAUGUGCAUGGACCACUCUGUUUCUUGCAGAAGAGAAGUGUUGCGUUAAAGGCACAGUAUUUCUGUAGCAAAUUUUAAAAACCGUUACGAGCACAUAUUUUAAGGAUUUUGUUGGUAUUGCUUUUUUUUUAUGGGGGGUUAUGCUGUAGGAAUUUAGAGUCACUAUGAAUCACUCUGUUGUUUUAUGUUUGACCUUAUUACCAGUUUGCAUGAGUGCAUGUGUUGUUCACUCUGAAUGUAUCACUAUUAGCAUGUUCCAGUGCUGGACGUCCCAUCACUACUCUUGACACCUGCACAAAGAAAGGUUUUUUUGCAAUGAAACCGUUUGAAAGUACAGUGCUUCUAAUGUAUUAUGUAUUCUAAUUGUAUUGUGUUUCAGAAUUGCUUCAUAUUGAGAUGUUGGCCUUGAAGCUUUUUAAAAAAAAUAAAUGUUUAUUAGACAUUU